UUUUAUUGCAUUGUUUCUCUUGCCUCCAGGGACCGGGAAUACGAUGACAUAGAUGAAGAAGACCCUUUCAACCCACAGGCCCGGCGUAUUGCUGCCCACAACCCCACACGUGGGCAGCUUCGUAGUUUCUGCAGCUACAGUAGCAGCCUGGGCAGUCAGACCAGUCUCCAACCUCCAGCACAAACUAUCUCCAAUGCCCCAGUGUCUGAGUACAUGAACCAAGCUGUGCUCUUUGGUGGGAACCCACGCUAUGAAAACGUCCCACUGAUUGGAAGAGGAUCGCCUCCCCCCACGUAUUCUCCAAGUAUGCGAGCCACCUAUCUUUCGGUUAAUGAUGAUCACAGGCGACAGUACAGCAACGAAUUUCCAGCCUAGCACCCACCUUGUAGAAAAAACCCCGCAAACAAUGUUUCUAUAGUGGAACUUGACAAAAAAAAAAACUCAAGGUGCGUGGACUGCAGGGAACAGUAAUGCCUCCAUAGUGAAGUGGCAGAGAAGGGCAUUUGGAGAAGGCAUCAGUGGAAGAAGGCACCCACUGGGAUUCUGGAUAAUCUGCCUAGAGGGGUAUCCUCUGUGUUCAAACCGGCAGCUUUUGUUCACAAUUCUUAGUCUUCCUCUCUUGUACACACUGGAUGGUAUAUCUCCAACCUCUGAGCUAACGGCUCUGAAUUCUUCUCCUGAACUUAUCUCCUGGUCCUUUCCUGCCACCAGUGCAUUGUAUUCCCCAAUCACUUUUGGGGGAGGGAGGGAUGAAGAGAUUUGGGAUUGCCUCAAAUUUGUGCAAAGGCUAUUAAUUCCUGUUUUCUUUUCCUUUGCACUGACUUUUGGGGCUGUGUUGUCCUUGUUUGACAGUGUGGUUCGGGCUUCCUUUUUUUAAAAAAAAAUAAGAGCAAAUAACAAGACCAGGACACUGUACAAGUAAAUAGAUCACUGACAUGUGGUGUACAAUAACCAUGAGGGAAAUGGGAGCUUGCCACAAAAGCAAAUGCUCCUUGCUGCUGAGUCAAUGCAAUACCAACCACUAAAGUGGAUUUUGUUUUUCCUCUGGAGAGGUCACUGCACAAAGCCUUCUGCCAGCUUGGCACUGUGCUACUUGAGCAGCAACAUCCCCUGCCAAAAGCAGCACCUAUCUGGAAGGUAUGGUACAAGAUCUGCACAGUAUUUCCCCUUCUUCACCAGUUUCCUUUGUUCCUGGAAUUAACUCACCAGCCAUUGCUAUGGUGGCCUCAGGUAUUAUUUGGAACAAACUGAUUUUUUUUCUUUUUUAUGUGUGUUUCUGAUUUGUCAUGUUUUUAAUU